AUGCUAAAUUCUCAAAAUACAAAUGGGGAAAUAAAUAGUCAGAAUAAUAAUAAUAAUAAUUAUAAUAAUGGUUAUAAUGAAGAAUCAACCAAACUUACUAACGAAAAUCAAAAUAAACCUACAACAUCAAACACAAUGAAUUCAACGACCAAUGAAGAACAAAAAAGCAAGAAAAAGAGAGGUAAAUUUAAAAAUAAACUGUAUAAAAGAUCCCACAAAUUACAUCAACAAAUAAAUCAACCCCAGAUUAAUAAUAAUACUACUUCCUCAAAAGCACUACCUACACAAGAACAACAAAUUGAAAGUAAUAAAACUGAGCAAUCUGUACAGAUUGAUCCUAUAAUCAGUCAACAAGCUACAACCACAACAGAAUCACCUCAUUCUCCUAAUGUUUCAACUCAAACUCAAACUCAAUCACAAUCCAAAAAACCAACCAUAACUCCUCAAUUGGAACAACCUCCAAUAUUUCGUGAAUCAUCCAAUGAUAAUAAUCAUCAAAUUUAUAAAUCACCAAGAAAAGAAGCAUUAAUGAGACAUAAACAAAAUAAUGGUCAUAAUGAUACAAAAUUAAAUCAUUCAAAUCUAAGAGAUAAUUUAAAAUCUAAAAAAGAUUCACAACAAUCACCAAAUACUCGCGCAACAAGUACAACUACAAAUGAAAUUAAUCAAGAUCAACAACCUAUAAAUUUACAAUUGGAUGAAAAAGUAACAUUAUUCAAAUAUAAAUCAUCCAAAAUUUUACAAUUAAAUCAUAAAAAUGACGUCAAUGGUUCUUUAUUAGCUCAUGGGGAAUUUGAAAUUUUUCAAUUACAUAAUGGAGAUAUUACUUAUUUAUCAUGUGGUGGUAAACUGUUUAUAUAUCCAUUAUUACCUAAAAUUAAAAUACUAAGAAUUGCAUUUAAUACAUUUUUAAUACAGCUCAUCAACCCAAAAAGGUAUUGGAAAAUUUUUAUAAAUAGUGAUGAAAAAAAUGUUAUUGAAAUAUUACAGGGAACUUUGGAAAGAAAUGUAAAAUAUGAAAAUGAAUAUAAAUUUGAAAAUACUUUAAUUAAUGGAAAUAGUAGUGGUAAUGAUUUAAUUGAUGAUGAAGCAAUUCAAACCUACGUCAGAGAUGAACAUAAACAAAUAGAAGAAGAAGAAGAGGAAGAGGAGGAAGAACAGCUGAUUUUUAAACAAUUAGAUAUGAAACCAAAAGAAUUAAUGGAAGAUAGUCCAAAAACUUUGAAUUUUAUAUCAUCAUCAUCGGCAAAUAAUAUUAUUGAUAAUAUUAUACCAGAAUCACCACCUUCUGCACCAAUCUCACCAACUCAAGAUGUCAUAAAAAAUUUCGAAUUAAACACACCAGUUAAAAUUCACCAACAACAACAACAACAACAACAGCAACAAAAUCAUAAUCUUCAUCCUUAUUAUGCUCCAACAUCUUUUAGUCAACCAGCCUCGAAUAAAGUUAAAAAACAGUCGUCACUACAAUCAUUGAACACAAACAUCGCAUGUUUUGAUAUGAGUCCUAAAAAGAUUAAACAACCAGUUCCCAAAAAAUCAGCACAAGUUCAUCAUCUACAAAAUCCAUAUCAAGGACGUAAUAUUAUAAAUUCAAAUCAAUAUAAUCACAACGGUCAUCACAAUCACAAUCAUCAUCAUCUUAAUAACAAUUUUAUACCAAUUGAUGAAAAAUCAGAAAGUUCAAUGGAUUCAUUACUAGAUGAAUUUGAAAAAACUUUGACAAAAUCAGUAAAACAAAAUAAAUUAGGUGGUGCGACAUCAACAAUUUAUUCAAAACCUCGAUCAAUUCAACAUUCAAUUACAUCUCAUCAUAAUCCAAUACCAUUAUAUUCAAGAGGUAAAUAUUUUGAUGCCAAUAUAGAAAAAGAUGAAGAAUUUGAUCCACAAAUUAAUUCUUUAAAAGAAAAUGAUGAAUUAGGUGAAUUUCCAACUUUAAAUAAUGAAUUUAAUAAAUCACAUACUUAUCAAUAUCAUCAAAAUGAUGGAUUACAUUCAAUAAGAAGUAGAAGAUCAUCAAGAAGUGACUUAUAUACUAAUGAAAGUGGAUGGAUGGAACCAAAUAUAAAAUCAAAUUUAAUUUUAAAUAAUUCUAUAAAUGGUAAUCAACAACAACAUCAACAACAACAAACUUCAAUAAAUGGUAGUGGUAGUAUCAACAAUAUUAAAUCAAAAUUACCAAAAUCAAGAUCAAAUCAAUCAAUAAGUAGUUCAAUUUCAAAUUCUCAAUAUUAUAAUUUAAGUAAUAUUUAUAAAUCUGUAAUUGGUCAAAAAUUACAUAAUAAUAAUUACCUAAAUAAUAAUAAUAAUAAUAAUAUUAAUAUUAUGGAUCAUCAUUCAGUUUCAUCAGUUAGAUCAAUGUCAAGAUUACCACCAAGAACUACAUCCAAACAACCAAUAGAUUUAAGAAGACAAAGUUCAUAUUUAAAUUCAAAUCUAAAUUCCACUAAAACUCCCAAGAAUCAUAAUGUUAGCGGCAAACAAUCGCUAAAUUCUACAAAACCAAAUAAUAAUAAUCAAAAUUUAAAUUCAAAAGAAAUUUAUCAAUUAUUAAGUUCUUCAUCAACUAAAGAUUUGAAAUCUCAACAAACUAAUAAUCAAUCAUAUCAAAAACAACAAAAAUCAAUACCUAGAAGUACAAGUUUUACAUCAAGAUUAUUUGGUUGGUAA